AUGGCAGAUCACAAUGUAAGCAAGCUGGGCAUCGCUUCGGCGACUCUCAAAACCAUGGGCUCUGCCCUCCAACGCUCCAUCACAUCACCCUUCAAAGGCGAAAAUGGCUCCAACACGUACUUUAAAGAUGUCAUGUUUGCCGCGUUCCGCACGAACCUGGGAAACCUCGACCUUGCACAAGACAGGUACAUGAAUGGCGGCUCAUCGACGCCUACCUACAUUCAGCAUGCGAAGAAAUACAAGUUCGUACCUGAUAGCAUCGAGCUACCUAGCGGAACACAGGCGCAUUGGCUCGGUAGUAGGAGUGCGAAGAAGGUCUUCGUAUACUUCAAUGGUGGUGGCUAUGUGAUGCCUUGCACGGCCGGCCAUAUGCUAUGGCUUGAUGACUUCCAGGAGUCUCUCGGUCCCGACGUAUCCGCACUCCUCCUCGCAUACGACCUCGCACCCGAAGCCAGGUAUCCCAGCCAGCUGAAGCAAGCAGUCGAGCUACUCAAUCACCUCGUACACGUACAAGGUCGCAAUCCCUCAGACCUCAUCUUGGGCGGCGAUUCGGCUGGCGGCAAUCUCCUACUCGGUCUGCUCUCGCACCUCGCACACCCGCAUCCCGAGAUCGCGCCAUUGUCCCUUCCAUCCAAGAUCCACGCAGUGCUGCUCAUCUCACCGUGGUGCUCUUUGACACAGACCAAUACGCCAGCCUUCGUCACAAACGCGCAACGCGACAUGUUUGACGCGCGGGCGCUAUCCCGCUGGGCGACAGCCUUCCUCGGCUCCGACUCUCCCUUCGCUGGUGAUUUUUACAAUGAACCUGUCCUCGCCGCUCCAGAGUGGUGGGAGCCUGUUGCUGAUGUUGUGGAAGAAGUCCUGAUAUGGGCGGGCGAUAAUGAGGUGCUAAAGGAUGGCAUCACGGCCUUCGCGAAGAAGUUCACACAAGGUUUUGGAAGUAAAGGUGGACUGGUUACCACUGUUGUUACACCAAAAGCGUGUCACGAAGAGAUGGUUGUGGAACGAAUACUGGGAUACAAGGGUGACUCGGGCACGGGAAGUCAAGAAGUAGUCGAAAGUUGGGUUAGGGCAAAGCUGUAA